AAGAAUGAAAGGCCGAGCCUAAUAAAUCUUAACUAUAUGGUUUUUAAGAAAAUUUUAUUUUGGGGCUUAGGGCUUGUUUUGGGUCUGGGUUUGAACUUCGAACAAGCAUUCGCAUUUCUCAAUUCGCUCUCGAUUGCUUGCUGAUGUGAAGCAAUCUUCCAUUAUCAUAAUUGGGCAUUUUAUUUGGAAGUUGCAAUAAUUUGAAGGACAAAGACACUAUUUGUUUCAGAUUUGGUAGCUGAAGGGGUAUGGGAACAUAGAACAUUUCUGAUGUGUUUUGACAUUCAAAUGGAGCCACAGGUCUCCUUGCGCUCUGAGGCAUGCCUUCAAUCUGAGAGUAUCCUAAUUCAAGAUGGUGAUUGUGGUGUAACUGCAUCCUCUCAAGGACAUGAUGUGCAAAAGCGAGCAAAAAAGCAAACACGCCAAUGGGCUGCAUGGACACGUCAAGAAGAGGAAAGCUUCUUCACUGCAUUACGACAAGUUGGCAAGAACUUUGAGAAGAUAACUUGCCGCGUUCAAAGUAAAAACAAAGAUCAGGUCAGACAUUAUUACUAUCGUCUUGUGAGGCGCAUGAACAAGUUAUUGGGUCCGGGGCUUUGUCUUGAUGCCAAAGACUCUAAAGAUACGAAUGCUGCAAUGCUUCGAUGGUGGUCUUUACUUGAAAAGUAUAGCUGUAAAGCCUCAAAGCUUCACCUGAAGCCUAGACGUUUCAAGAUAUUUAUUGAGACCUUGGAGCACCAACUCUUAAAAGACCGAAAAAAGAGUAAAAGGAAACGCCCGUCUCAAGGAGAAAACUAUCCUCCCACAAUUACAACAAAUGUCUCAAGUCAGGGCAGAGCAUCUGGAAAUGACACUCAUGCGGUUAACUUGGUUCUUCUUGACAAUCAGAACUUUCAAAAAUUAGGACCUGGGAAAGGAUCUCCAGUAAGGCGCAAUGUUAAUGUGGGAAUUAAUCGAAGCAACUGCAAAGGAGACUCUUUUCCUGCAAAGACAGUGAGGCCACGGCGGAGACCAGCUGGUAAUGUCUCAACAGCUGCAUAUAAGAGAUGGGAGAAGGCUGCAAUUGCUGGAGUUUCACUUGUUGCUGAUGCUGCUGAGCAUUUGGAGCGGACAACCAUGGGUAAUGAGGUUGUACAUCUCCAAGAGGAAAAAGGUUCUGACCCCGUUGGGAAAGACUUGCUGCCUUUGCCAGGUUCUUCACCAGAUUCCUUCAUUGAGACUAACAUACAAAAUUCUACUAAACUCAAGCUCCAGUUGUUCCCAAUUGAUGAAGGUACCCGAAGAACCUUGGAAAUGGACAAUCAUAAUCCACACCUGGAGCUAACUUUAAGUACUCGGAAGAAGAUAUCAUCAGUUUUGGAACAUCUGAAUCGCAAGUGGGGAAAUUCAAGUUUAGCAUCUGGACAAUUAAUUCUUUUCCCUUUCUACGUCCAAAGAGAAAACCUAGUGGGUUAUGAGAGGUGGACUCGGGACUCUGUUCUUAGUGCGGCGGAUGUAUACCAACUGAUUGGAAGCCCUCCAGUUUUCCGCUUGAGGUAUGGGUGGUUUUCCAAUGCUGAGCUUGCGUCAACAUCUCAAGCACCUAUAGUAUUAUCUGGAACCAUCCAGAAUCUUAAUGUGGACAUCAGUGAUAUGGAGGAACCAGGCAAGGAUUCAGUGCAAGAAUCCACACCAUCUGAGAAGCUUAUUGAUCAUUGUAAUGAAGAUCAACAAGCUUUGGGUGCAGAAAGCACUGCUGCGGCACCCUCUUCAGUGGAGGUGCCUAAUGACACUAUUGAAUGCAUUAGCGUGGGUGCCAACAGUAAUGUUCAGGAGUCUUCUAUUGGGGCAGAAACUGUACCUUGGGACAGAAGGGAGACUGGCAAAGGAGCUGUUUUGAGAGAAGGGGAGAAUAAGGACAAUCAGCUGUUAAGACGUGGACCUUCAUUGUCGGCUGGGGAGUGGGCUGAUAGCCUAACUAACAUAAGCGUGGGGGAUUUACUGUCAGAGGUGUCACAUGACAUAGUUUCCUAUUGCAAUGAUCCAGUCCUACCAGGAAGUUCUCAAUGUAUUCAGCAGGGUCCAUUCAGCUGUGAUUCAUUUGAUGCUGCAAUUUCUGCUCAUAUAUAUAGACACCAAAGCAGAGCUGGCUUUCCACCAGCUCUGGCAUCUGUUUCAUCUUCCAUUUGGGAUGCAGAAGAAACAUGUGAUGCCUUUGCAUUUCAAGGCACAAUACUUAGGCAGGAGUUCCGGAACUCACUUGCCAUGGCUUCUUCAGAGGCCUGCAAGCAGAUUGACAGAAUGAGUUCAGUGGGAUCUGGUGCUAUCAUUGAGGAGUUGCAUGAAAUGGAGGUGCCCACGGAUGACAAGCCUGAUGAUGAAGAUCCUAUGGAUGAAAAUCCAAUUGAUGAAAGGACUGAGGAUGAUAGACCUGUAUCCGGGUAUCCAACGGACAAGUGUCUCUCUGGUCCUCCUCCACUGGGCAAUUCUGCGAAGGAUCUGAACGGACUUACAGAUAUAUAUUGGCCUGACUCUUUAGGACCAUUGGAUUUGGAUAUGCCUUCCUCUAGGUACCAUGCAGAGGAUCUAAUUCUAAGUGACAGCCUCAGCAGCUUGAACCGGCUACUCGCCAGUAGUCUAGAUGCAUUCCAGAAUUGCUUAUUCUUCGGAUUAGAGAAGAAAGAAGUGACAUCAACUGUUGAAUCUCACGGAACUGCUUCCUUUUCAGAUUACAAAAUUGGCCAUGGGGUUUGAGAUUGUGCCAAGCUAAAUCUACCUGGGAUAACAUUUCUAGAGUUUCAUGGUCAAGCCAAAGGAACAGAGUCAUUUUUGUAUGUGGCUGAGAUGUUGUUCCGAGUUUAGUCAGCUAUUGCGCAUGGAAAGGACUUUGCUGGGAGCCAAGAGUAAUUCCUUUCGUGGUGGCCUGAAGUGUACCCUGUUGUACAAAAAUAGAUGUGAAGAAACUUGUUUACAGAUUUUUAUUCCAACUUCUGAUAUUAUUACUAGUUCUCUGUAAA